CUCGUGGGCGCCGAGGGCUUCCGGGUUAGGGUGCGUAGGGCGGAUUCUGAUUGGGCAGCUGUGCUGCCGGUCUCUGCCCCUCAGGCCGGGCUGCGGGGAUGGAGCUGCGGGCGCAGCUGACCGGGCGCGACGGGCAGAAGCGGCCGCUUCGCGUGCGCUGCCAGCCCGAGACCGGCGCCGGCGGGGAGCUCCGGGGGCUGCUGCGCGGCCUGUCCCAGCUGCAGGAGCAGGUCUCGGCGCUGCUCGCGCCCCUAGUGGAGCAAGAGAGCGGGGGGCUCGCGGGGGCGGGGACCGCCGCCGGGCCGCGGG